AGAGAGAGAGAGAGAUAGAGAUAGAGAUGGGAGGCGGCACCACGGCUUUUUAGUAACACUGCAACAUUGAGAAUAGUCACAGCCCGGCUUUUAUGAACAUUUCAUUACCUUCGUAGGUAAUAAUGCGGAAAACUGUCCUAUAAUGAGGACACACAGAGACAGAGGUCCAGAUCUUGGGCGUUUAGAGUAGAAUAGAGAGAAGAAGAAAAAAACAUGGCUGAGCAAUGCUAGCUUCUCACGCGCUAGCUAAAGACAGCGCCUCGAGACUCCUGUUCAGCUAGCUGAUUUAUCCCUGGCAAAAUACUGAAAGAAGAAGAAUAGCGUAAAAGCUUCGAGUUAUAAAAUACAAACAAACAAACUGAAGACGUAGCUGUGUUUAAUAUCUGUCAUGUUCGCCUGUUCUGGCUCGGCGCUUACAGACAGCAUGGAGACACCGGCUAGGACAGCAGCGAGCACCGCCGACUUCACCGUGGACAACGUAGAGAAGGCUCUGCACCAGCUGUAUUAUGACCCCAACAUUGAGAAUAAGAACCUGGCUCAGAAGUGGCUGAUGCAGGCUCAGAUCUCUCCUCAGGCCUGGCAGUUCUGCUGGGCUCUACUCAGUCCUGACAAGGUCCCUGAGAUCCAGUACUUUGGCGCCAGCGCCCUACACACUAAGAUCUCACGCUACUGGAGCGACAUCCCUGCCGAGCAGUACGACACCCUCAAGACACAGCUUUUCUCCCAGAUUGCGCUGUUCGCCUCAGGCUCUAAAAUCGUGCUUACUCGACUGUGUGUAGCCCUGGCUUCACUGGCACUUAACACUAUGCCCGAGGCAUGGCCUGGCGCCGUCUCUGAGAUGGUGCGAGUCUUCCAGGAGGAGGGGAGCACCGUGGACGGUCGCGCUCGCUGCCUGGCACUGCUGGAGCUCCUCACCGUGCUGCCUGAGGAGUUCCAGACCAGCCGGCUGCCUCAGUACCGCCGGGGGCAGGUGCGGGGUGCUCUGGGCCGAGAGUGGGCGUAUGUUUAUCCUCUGCUCCAGCAGCUACUGCGCCAAGCCGACUCUCCGGCGCCGGUGAAGGCACGUGCACUUAAGUGCCUGUCCAGCUGGGCCUUGCUGGAUGUGCCGCUCAGCGAGAGCGAGGGUCUGCUGGAAGCCGGCUUUGCCGCGCUGAAUGACCCUGAACUUUUUGAUGCUGCCGUGGAGGCCAUCGUCAAUGCCAUCUCACAGCCUGACUCCCAGAGGUAUCUGAACACUUUACUGAAGUUGGUUCCGCAAGUGCUGCAGCUGCAGGAGCAACUACGAGAAGCCGUACAGAACGGAGAUAUGGAGACGUCACACGGGAUCUGUCGCAUCGCUGUCUCGCUGGGAGAGAACCAUUCCAGGGCUCUCCUGGAGCAGGUGGAGCACUGGCAGAGUUUCCUGGCCCUGGUCAAUAUGAUUAUGUUCUGCACCGGCAUCCCCGGCCACUACCCUGUCAAUGAGACCACAAGCUCUCUCACACUGACGUUCUGGUACACUCUGCAGGAUGACAUCAUGUCAUUUGAGGCCGAGAAGCAGGCAGUGUAUCUGCAGGUUUACAGACCUGUGUAUUUCCAGCUGGUGGACGUACUGCUACACAAAGCCCAGUUCCCUAGUGAUGAGGAGUACGCCUCCUGGUCAUCUGAUGAGAAGGAGCAGUUCAGGAUCUACAGGGUGGACAUCUCUGACACCCUGAUGUACGUCUAUGAGAUGCUGGGAGCAGAGUUGCUUAGUAACCUGUAUGACAAGCUAGGCAGACUGCUUACCAAUGUAGAUCAACCAACAUCCUGGCAGCACACAGAGGCUUUGCUGUAUGGUUUCCAGUCCAUAGCAGAAACGAUAGAUGUGAACUACUCCGAUGUCAUUCCCGGCCUGAUCGGCCUCAUUCCUCGAAUCAACAUCAACAACGUCCAGCUUGCAGACACGGUCAUGUUCACUAUAGGAGCUUUGGCAGAGUGGCUAGCGGAUCACCCAGUGAUGUUGAGCAGUGUGUUGCCGCUGGUGCUUCAGGCAUUAGGGAAUCCAGACCUUUCCAUCUCUAGCGUUUCCACCCUGAAGAAGAUCUGCAGGGAAUGCAGAUGCGACCUGCCACCCUAUGCUACGAACAUCGUUGCCGUGUCACAGGAAGUGCUUAUUAAACAGAUCCACAAGACGAGUCAGUGUAUGUGGCUGAUGCAGGCUCUAGGUUUUCUGUUAUCUGCACUGCCAGUGGAGGACAUUCUGCACAAUCUGCACUCUCUCAUCACACCCUACAUCCAGCAGCUGGAAAAACUGGCUCAUGAGACACCAAACCCUUCAAAUAAACUGGCUAUCAUCCACAUUUUGGGCCUGCUGUCGAACCUCUUUACUACCCUGGACAUCACCAAGCAGGAAGAGGAAUCUGGAGAAGGUGCACCGCCGGUCAAAUCCAGCCCACCUCAAACUGGCCCCAAUCCUGUAGUGGUGGUGUUGCAGCAGGUUUUUGCCCUCAUUCAUACAGUCCUCAGUAAAUGGCUGAACGACUCUCAGGUUGUAGAGGCUGUGUGCGCUAUCUUUGAGAAGUCAGUGAAGACUCUACUGCAUGACUUUGCACCCAUGGUGUCUCAGCUGAGUGAGAUGCUGGGUCAGAUGUACAGCACUAUCCCACAAGCCUCUGCACUGGACCUGACACGUCAGAUGAUGCAUAUAUUUGCCAGUGAGACGGACCACUUUCCCCCAAUCAAAGCCCUGUUUGAACUGGUCACCUCGGUCACACUCACCAUCUUCCAGCAAGGGCCCAGGGAUCAUCCUGAUAUUGUUGAUUCAUUUAUGCAACUCCAAGCUCAGGCUCUCAAACGGAAGCCCGAUUUGUUUUUAUCCGAGAAUCUUGACGUGAAAGCAGUGUUCCACUGUGGAGUUCUGUCACUCAAAUUCCCAGAAGCCCCUACUGUCAAGUCUACCUGCCUCUUCUUUACGGAGUUGCUGCCACACUGUGCAGAUGUGCCUCCUGUGGGCCAAGUCGUGCAUGAAAAUGGGAAACUCCUAUUGCUGGCUGUGUUGGAGGCGAUCGGUGGUCAGUCUUCACGCAGUUUAAUGGACCAGUUUGCAGAGGUGUUGUUCUCCAUGAAUAAGCACUGUUUCAGUCUCCUCACUGUGUGGCUCAAAGAGGCCCUACAGUCUCCGGGCUUUCCCUCAUCCCGAGUCUCUGAUGAACAGAAAGACACAUUCAGCCAGCAGAUCCUUAGGGAGCGAGUGAACAAGCGACGUGUGAAGGACAUAGUGAAAGAGUUCACUUUGGUGUGUCGAGGGCUGCACGGCACCGAGUACGCAGCAGAGUACUGAGCGCUGAAGCCCAAAGUGAUCCGAUUCCUAGCAGCCCCCCCCCACUGGAAAUCCAUACCUAAAUAAUAGCAUAAUGAAAGCCUUGACAGAUGGAUAUUGUUCAGAGCAUGCAGUGUGAGGACCUGAGGAGGGCACUUUCUUUAAUAUGUUGUUUUGUUUUUGUUUUGUUUUCUUUCUCUUCCCCUGUCUCUUGCUCUCGCCAGGUCUUUUUUUUGGAUCCUCUUGGAAAGUGGCCAGUGCUGCUUUAUCUAAGCAGUACAUUUCAUCAAUCUUCCUCACCCUUUCUCCCCUCUCCACUAUUUCAGCAUGUGCGUUGUUAACUUUCACCUCCCCUUCUCACGCUCUCGAUCUUCCGUGGCUCCUAAGCUGUUUCCUUGUGAUGAUUUGCAGAAUUUAUCAACAAAUGGAAUUAGUGGUAGUUAAAUGUUUUAUUUUGUAAAGAUACUGAUAUCUAAAGUAUAUAUAUAUCCACAUAUAUAAACUCCUAUAUAUCUCUCAGACUGCGGGACGUGUGCGAGUCCUUAUGGACACUGCUGCUGACAAAGAGAGGGACCAAUAAUUUUUCUCUGUGGCUUUAUAUCUUCACAUCUGUAUAAUCUAACUAGCCUCCACUCACAACAUGAUUCUGUGGGGGGGGGGGGUUUGUGAACUUUGUCAUGGUCUUUUUUUUAACGAUUGAAAAUGUAUUAUUUUAAUAUAUAUAAAAUUAGCAGCAUGCACGAGGCUGGUUAGAGCUGAUUUUACAGACACGCCCUCGUUAAAUCAUGAAAACGGCCCCUGUGUAUGAUGUCCUCUGGGGAAAGCUGCUGGGAGCCCAUAACAGCUGUGAAACACACAUGUAGAUGUCCUCGUGUGUCUUUUUGGAUAGAAACAACAUCCAGAACGUCACAUGAAGAGAGGACGGAGGUCAACUGUGAUCGUUUAUUUCGGACGUGAACAGACACUAUUUUGUGUGUGUGUGUGUGUAGAUAUGUAUGCGCACACGCAUGUGCCGUUGUACACUUGCUUGUCCAAAUCGCAGCUUCUGUACACUGUUGAGUGCACUUAAUAUGGAACUGAACACAAUCUAUACUACAAAUCCCCUCGUGUUUGCCAUUUAAAGCCCCUGAAUAGGACACUUCGGUGGCUGGGUGUCUCUCUCUGUCCCUGUCUACUGCCCAGUUGCUGCCUGCGAACAUGUAGCAUGAGUGUUUUUGUUUUUGGGCAAGGGAAAUGGGCAUGCAGCAACAGAAUGUGUUGUGUGCACUUGGCAAGUGAGGACCCUUCCUCAUCCUGCCAUUUUGUUUACCAGUGAUGGAUAUAUAUAUUAGAAAAGGGGAGGGGGGAGAUAAAAAAAAAAAAGAGGACAAAUGUACACAAGUUUGCGUUUUUCUUUUGUACCUUGUUUUAAUUUAUUAAAUAUAUCUAAGAUGGCA